AUGGGUUCCAAGGCCAAGAAGCGAGUGGUGCUGCCCACGCGCCCGGCGCCCCCCACGGUAGAGCAGAUCCUGGAGGACGUGCGGGGUGCGCCCUCCGACGACCCCGUUUUCGCCGCGCUGGCCCUGGAAGACUCCCUAGGCCUCUCUGGGAGGGCGGAGGACACGGAGGCCCAGCGGGAACAGCUCUACCAGCAGAGCCGAGCCUACGUCGCCAUGAAUCAGCGGCUGCAGCAGGCGGGCGAUAGGCUGAAGGAGAAGUGUGAGGAGCUGUGGCGAGCUGGUGAGGAGCUGGAACGAGACGUCGGCCAGGUGAAGCAAGUGGCGCUGCCGGGAGCCAUGGCCGCCUCCUUGGGCUGA